AUGAUGGGUUCCAAGACACCUGAGAGGCCGCCCAUAAGCAAUGAUUUGCUGAGCAAGAUUCCCCCAGGCCAGCUACGAGAGAUGCGUGAGGCGUUUCAGGUUCUCGAUCGUGACAACGAUGGACUGGUAAAUAGAGAGGAUAUAGCGGAUGCUCUGAAUAACCUUGGUGAAGAUUCGUCGUCAUUAGCAACCGGCGCCUACUUCCCGCCAAACGGCCCUCGAUCAAUCAACCUUCCAACCUAUCUAAACCAAAUUGCUACUCACCUUGCACCUCUAUCAUCCUCCCAGGAACUGCUGAAUGCCUUUGCAGCCUUUGACGAAGAUGAUAGUGGUCAAAUUGACCUGGCCGAGCUUCGAGACGCUUUGCUCCAUACAAGCCCCGAAGGAGACGAGAGGCAACUGACAGAAAGCGAGAUCAACGAGGUCAUACAGGGUUUCACGGGUCGACGGGCGUUUGGCGCCAAGGGGAACAAGGCCUCCUCUCUUGCUGGCUCAAGGAACCGAGCCGAGGUGUUUCGGUACGAGGAGUUUAUUGGAAAUUUAACGGGGGGUGGGGGUGACCCGAACGCAGAUAAAUCGAAACCAAAGGACAGCUGA